CUAAAAUGGCGGCCUUCCGGUUUCGUUAAAAUUGGUAAAAUUGAGGGCAUUUUAACUUCUGAACAAACUCCACUAUGGUACAGAUGAAAGUAGCCAAGUGCCCGUCAGAUGCAUUGUCUUUGACGAACUGUUUAAUUGUCAAUGAGAACGAUUUUAGCCCCGAGAGAGUGAAGUAAGUUUUUUGAAUUGAACCUACAUGUAAGCUGAUGUUGAUGUGACGUGUCUAGAACUUUACCAUUCAAAUCGUAAUUGAAUAUGGUUUAAGAUACGGUGCAAUGCGAGUAAUUAUUGAAGAAAAUCUGGGAAUUAUGAUUUCUGUUGUUAUUUCUACCAAAUUUAUAUAGGAUGGCCGCUUUGCGAUAAGUGGUAAUCUAGAGGGAACUAAAUUCGAUUCCUCAAAGUGAAAAUGGUGAAAUGCAACCUCAGCACUUUUUAAGGAAAAAUUUCGUACGAUUUUCUUCGCUUCAGGUUCAGAGCUGAGUUUAUUCUGUUAUACCCCAGAGCUUCUGUAUUUGUACUUUCAUAAGCAAGGGCGGUAUUGUAGAUUAGUAACGCAAUGCGAUUAAUUUUGUAACAGACGUACAAAACUCCUUAAUUUCAAGGCGGAUGCUUAUUUUCGAUUCUCAUUCAUUAUUUAACGACUCAUUGCUUUCAAUUACAGCUUAAAAACUUGAGUCAGUACAUCCAGUUUCUUUGAUUACAGAGGGUAAUUAUAUGUGACUGGUUCCCCUGGAUUUUUUGGGAAAUAUUAAUAACAUUGAUACUCUGUUGCAAAACAGGAGUUUAGGAGCAAUAGUUUACUAAUAAAUUAUUGCCUGCUCGCCUACAUAAAAAACACGAGCAAAAAACAAAACAACACAAAAUUCAUGAUAAUAUGCAUCAUGAUUUGUGAGGUACACCAGAUCUGUAGAGUUUAGUCUGUAGUAAUAGAGCAUGGGAGAACUUGAUGAGAGGUUGUCUAUGCAGAAGUAUUUCCCCUUGAGUACUGCAUGCAAGGUGAAUUACUGGAUUCCAGAAAGUAAAGUUUCUUACCUGGCUAAAGUGCUGUAUUGGUCUGCUUACCUUUUUUGCAGGCAUGUUGAAGUUCGCACCAAUGCUCCACAGGGUUAUGUCUUUACAAUCAAAGUAUCUGAAGAUAUGUCGCCAGGAUCAGUUGGGUUUAGCCUAGUGCAGGUAACAGAUUGACAUCCCUUCAUAGGUAGGGCAUGAUCAGUGUAUGAAUGUGCUACAAAACAAAACAAAAAAAAGACGGUGCUGUACAUGUACUUUAAAUUCCAGUACAGCAUAUAUGUUUAUUUUGUGGGAAAGGGACUGUGCCAAAAUGAUUACAGUGUGCUAUCUCAGAAUGGGAAUGUAGCCUACACAAUAGCAAUAGGGAUUCAUUUGGGCAUAAAAAAUUUAACACUAGAGAACUGACAGAUAUAGCAUACAUGUAUCUUUCCUUAUAAAAUUUUGCUCAGAUCAGGGAUGUAUAUGAAGCCUAUAAAUUGUAAUUAAAGAUAUCUUAUUCUAACUUGAAGGAAAUCUGAAUUGAUCAAAAUGAAAUAAAAAAGUAAAAUAUAAAUAAUAAAUAAUGGUAAUAAGACUGAGUCACGUUAACAAAAUCAGAUGACAGUGGGAGUCCGAUUUGUUUGAUCAUGGGUAUGAUUAUACAGACUGAAUUGGACGAUACCAAAUUCUGUUAUCAAUUAAUCAUAACUAGAACAAAAUUUGUGAUGUUUUAGCCCUUUUGAAAAUUAAAAAAACGCAAGAGAUUUCAAGAGUUUUCUCGCUAGCAGGAUAAAAAGCGAUUUAAAUGCUCGUGCAGUGGCGCAUACUGUCCAAUAACAUAGGCAUGACUUGUACUGCCCUAUUACAGUGUUCUGUCAGUGCUGAAAUCAGGACAGUUGAUAGCCUAUCAGAUUUGUGAAUUUAGUUAUAGUUAUGAUUAUAAUAAUGAUGAUGAUAAUAAUAAUAAUAACAGUAAUCAGCAUGCAAAGAAAAUGGUGUCCGAUAGCCUGGGGCUGGUGGAUUUUGCUAUCGGGCUAGUGAAUUCCGUUCUUAACUUGCCUGAAAGGGAAGCGAUGUUUUUUGAGGAAUUUGAAUGACAGAAGAACUGUGGAAUCAAUUCUGCUCUUCAAAAAGCUUUUGGGGCUAGUUGAAAUGAUGCCAGGGCUAGUAAAUGCUAGCUUCCGCUUGCUUAAAUGGCAAGCUGUAAAAAUGACUUUCUUUGCACCCUGAGUAAUAAUAAUAAUUAAUAAUAGUACAUGAAAAAAAAACUGUAUGAUUCUCUGUUUCAGAGAAAAUGGGCUGGUGUACAGUUGAACAGUUUCGUGGAUGGUAAGUUUAUUUGAGGAAUUAACAGAAAACCUGAAGAUUUUGCAUGUUUCUUUUAUGUUCUAAAUAUGUAUCUUUUUAACUUGACCCAUAAGGACAGACAAUUCCAGUUUAGCCAUGGUUGCAUGUCUAUGCUUUUAUUCAGGUUCAAACUAGCAAAUGUGCACAUUUGAUAAAUUAAAAAAAACUAAAUGUUGUCUUCAAAAGUUGUUAAAAAGCUUGAUGUGUCAAGAUUCUUCUCCACUCUUUAAAUUCACUAGUUGACAUUUGUGUACUUUUUGUGUUGUAUUGUAGUUAUUCCCUUUAGGUUUGGAGAGGGAUCAUUCUUGUCAAAUGUGACAGUUGAAGCAGACUUCCUGCAGAAAGCAAGGUAUGUCGAGAAGAGAUUUUUAAGUAAGUCAAGCAGUUCAUUAACAGGACUCAUUAUGCUUUGCUCUUAAGGAAUCAGUACUUUUUUUUAUCAUGGAAAUCUCAGUGCAUUAUUAAUGGCAAAUUGAAGUCAUGGGUUUUUAGAAUGUAUUAUUGUUUAUCCAGCUCAUCAUACUUAGCUUCAGGUACUGUAAAGAAUUAAGCAAACCAUAUUUUUCAUUUUGGAUUCCCUAUCUUUGUGUUGUAUAAAUUACCAUUACACUGUUUAUCAUCCUAUCUUAGGGGCAACAAUGAUGCAUAUGACACAAACAAGAUGGCAGAAGAUUUCACACAUCAGUUUCUGGACCAAGCUUUUUCUGUGGGGCAACAGGUACAGUUGCAGCGCUGGCAACUUUUUUCUGAAAUAAGAGCAUCACAUGUAGAUUUUUUUCACAUUCUCACACCCUAUCAGAUUCAAAAGUAACUAAAGCGGCAUUCCAGAAAGUUCUGAAUAUAUCCUUACGGCUUUCUAAACUUGAAGAUUUGGGUGAAAGCACAGUCAAUCAUCUAGGUUUUUGAGUCUCCUGUUGGUUCAAGCUAAAAAUAUUUUAUGUUUAUUUUCCAAUAAUUUGUCAUUUAAGGCAGUUAUUGCUCAAAUGUUUCUGCCUGGUGUGAGGAAUAAUAGUUUGUCUUCAAGCGUGAGUUGGCAGAGGAUCUAUGUUGUAUGUGAUCUAUUCUCAGUUGCAUGCAAAGGGCUGUGCUACUCUGAGAUUUUAAUUUAGUGUAAUAUACUUACUUACAAAUGUACCUCACAAAAUGUUCUUUUAUUUUUGGGGUAGGCUGUGUUUUCUUUCCAAGACAAGAAGUAUCUUGUGUUUGUAGUAAAGAGCAUGGAAGGUUAGUCACACAAUAAACUAGUAAUAAAUACAUAAACGGUAGAUUGUAAAUUAGCUUUGUGCAAAUCAUGGAUUGUAAAUUAUCGUUAAUGGAAAACAUUAAGUGAUGUGAUCAUCAAUAAAAAAUAUGUGUAAUGUCCUAUUAGUUAUCAUGGAAGAAUGAAAAUGUUGUUUUAAUAUAAGGUUAACACGUACAUGUUUGUUUGUUUGUUUGUUUUUAUGAAUUUUAAUUUAGCUACAUGUAUAUCUGUUACAGGUCAAAUUUGAUUUCAGGUCAAUUUUGAUUUAACCUAGGUUGAUUCUUAAUUUCCUUUGUCUCCUAGUCCUAAUAAUUCAUGAAUUAGGACUAGGAGACAAAGGAAAUUGAGAAUCAACCUAGGUUACAAAUUUAACCUUAAGUCAAAUUUGACCUGUAACAUAUCCAUUAAUGAUACUUUUCUGAUACAAGUUUGUACUUUUUUGUCAUGUUGUAAAACACCGCCUGAAGGCUGUAUCUACAGAUUGAGUAGAUUUCACUCUAUUUCUUUUGUUUCUUUCAAAAUUUUAAUGAUUCCAUUAGUAUAACAUCACAUUAGUAUAAGUGGUCCACAGUCAAAAAGCUGAAAACUUUAUAUUACUUUCAUUUAGGUGAAAAAAAAGGAUGACUGGAACAAUUAACCCACACUACAUUGAAACUAAAACAAAGAAAGAUAGAUCAAUAACUACAGUCGGAAGAACCACCACGUUUUCGUUUUGGGAGAGUUCCUUGUUUAGUAAACUGUUGCUUCUUACCUCUUAAUGAGUUAAAUGGGGUUCAAUGUGAUUAAAAGACGGCAAACUGCUCAGCUUGAACGAUUGAGUUAUUGUUUCACACAGCAGGUUUACGUACAUAUUGCUCUGUGCAUCCACUAGCUUCCAUCACCUAUUUACCUUUUGUGCAAAUAGUAAAUUAGAUAAUUGACCAAACAGAGUGCACUUUACAUCAAUUGUAUUAUGGUAUAAAUUAACUUGGUUAAUAACUUUCCUAUGCAGUUAUCUGUGCUAGCAGUUUUACUCUCACUGCUCAAUAUUAUGUGCUGUUGCAUUUUGAUAAAUGUCAUGUUGUUUUGGUGCUUUUCUUUCCCUCCUUAUCCUCUCAGCAUUUUGUUGUUUGGUUCCUUAUUUUCCUGUAGGUUUCCAUGGGAAUGAUAACAAGAAAUACCCAGGUUCUGUUUGAACGGGCAGAGGUAAUCACUCACAACAAUUCACAGUUGGCAAUGCACAAAAUCUUACAUGAUGUUCUGACUGUUGGUUGUUACUGUAAUUUUUGUUUGGUUUGGUUUUUUUAUGGUGGUGAGAAAUGUUUGCAUUACUGUAGACCUAGCAAAUUGGGUAGCACCCUUUCCUUCUCAAUUGAAUCACGUUAUUGUCUCUCUUUUUCAGGGAUCAGUGCUUAAUCUCACUGGUACUGCAAAGGGGUGAGUACAGUGUAGUGUACAUGUACUCUUCUCCACUGGGUAAUUGAGUUCUAAAGCUUCCCUGAAAUGUUCCAAAAAUAUUAUACCUGUAUGGCAACUUAAGAUGUAAAGAUGUUAGCUGAUACACUAAAAUGGGCAUGAAGAGCCAAGUUGCAACUUUUGUCACUUUCCAGCUUAUUAAUUUCACUUUCCAUAAAAUUCCGCAAAUUUUGUUUUAUAGAAAUAAAAUGUCAGAAAAGACCAUUCAGUUCACUCUGACCAGAAUAUUUGAGGUCAGCUUUGAAGGUGGUCCACUUUGACUAGUCUGGUUAUUUUUGCAGGUCAGACCAAAAUGUCCCUUUCAAUUUGUCAAAACUGUUGUCCCCAGUACUGCUCUUCUGUAUCCUACUGACAAUUACUGUGUGCAAUAGCCAAAUGCGCAGUGGCUUGGGUUGGGUCUGUACAACAGGAAUGUAGGUGAUCCACUUGGCAGAUGGAAAUUCAAAAUUUCAAACAAAAUUUUUGCUGAAUGGAAAGCACCCUUUGUGUACAGUCAUGUAUCAGUCCAGACCAAUCCACUUGUAAAGAGAAUUUCACUGAUAUCCAGCCAGAUCACUGUAUUCCUUAGUCUCCCUCGCAGCCGUUUUUGUCUUGUCACACAAUGAGCACUUUGUUGCGUGACAAGAAUAAAAAGGUUGUGAGGGAGACUAUCUUUUCCUAACAAAAUAGUUGAACCUCUCUACAACGGCUACCUUGGGAAUAGAAGAAAGUGGCCGUUGUAAAGAGGUGGCCAUUGUUGAGAGGUUUUAAACAAGAGUCAAUGUAUGGAUUUUUUAUUCGCCGUUGUAGAGAGGUGGCCAUUAGCAGAGGCGUGACUGUAGUAUAAUUAUUGACAGUAAAAGGUUUUUGCAAAAACUAUUGAAAAAGGCUACACUGUAUUUCUUUUUCAAAAAAUAUUCUGUCAAGCUGGCCAGUUCAAAUGUUUAAUAAGCACCUAAACUUACAGUUCAGUCAGACUGGCCAUAAUGUUACUAUUAUGUUCUUUAAAUUUUAGAAAAGCUGCGACACAGUCCAUCAUAAGCAGAGAUUGGGAUUUCACAAAGCUGGGAAUUGGAGGUCUUGACAAGGUAAUUAAACUGCUGAGCAGUAUGAAAUUAUUUUUUUUGUGUGUUCACAGUCCUGGACCAUCAUCUUGAAGAUGUGAGGAGGAAAGAGCUCCAACAAACUUCUGAUAAAUUGCUCUAUUAUUAAUUUGCUUUUGAAACAAAACAAGAUUUUGACAUUUCAUCAGGAGUAACUAACAAUGUUGUUGCGGACACCCCCUCAUUUUGUGUCCUACUCCUUUCUAAGACUAAGACAAACUUUUUUAUUCUUUGCUUUCUGCAGUUACACAAAGAUUGUACAUAUAUGUACUCCUUUGUCUUCAUUUCAUUUAUAUUUAGCCCAAGCUAUUCAAAAGCUGGAUAGCGCUUUGCAUCAAAUGAGGCUCUACAGCUGUAUUUUGCAAACCAAUUGUGGUAUACAUGUAUAUUGGAUAGAGAUUUUAUGAAGUGGAUAGCGGCUGCGCUCUCCACCUUUUCAACAACUGAGGCCUGGUUAUGAAAAAAUAACAAAAUUUUUUUGUACCCAGUUUUGAAAGUGGAAUUUAACAUCGAUUUCUGUUGAUGCUCUUUUAACCAGGAAUUCUCUAACAUCAUAAGAAGAGCUUUUGCAACACGUCUUUUUCCCCCAGAAGUUGUGGACAAGCUAGGUAUAUUUUUUUUCCUGUUGCUCUUUCUAGUCGCAUAGCAGCCUUACAGUCUUGUCUGUUAUCUGGUCAAUAUUCUUUUUUUUUUUCAAUAAUAUUAGUUAGCAUGACAGGUGUGCAGCAGCUCAGUUUGGAGGCUCACAGCUGGGUGUGUGUUCCUUUUUUUUUUUUUUUGUUUGGUAGUACUCUCCAAAGGCAGGGCUAUCAUUACUGGCCUGUAGUUAAUAUUUUUAGUGAACUAAGUACUACAUUAAAUUCAGCUGACUACUCUAAGUUUCAAAAGAAGUCAAACAUAAGUAUUCUGAGAAUUUGUAGGACAAAUGAUGGUCUUAUUUUGCAGACUAUGCCAGGUCAUUAUGUAGUGAACGUUUUCAGCCGCUGACCAAAAUGAUAAUCAGUUCUAAUUAUAAAUGAACAUCACAAGGACCUGUAAACACAGCUCUGAUGCCAAUAACCAGUUAACACAAUGGCAACAAGUAACUUUGAAUGUGUGUAUUAUCUCAUAGGUCUGAGGCAUGUGAAAGGAAUUCUUUUGUAUGGUCCUCCAGGUAUGACGGAAUGUUCACUGUGCGCGCUGCCGCACCACAUUUUAAAAAAUUCAGCCCCUAGAGACAAUGUGUGUAACCAGGGUGGAUGUUGAAAGAAAAAGAUUGACUUGUAGCUCCAAGACGUGAUGAUUUAUUGCUAGCCUUAAACCUACUUUAUCUAAAAAAACAACAACAAGAACAAAAAAAGCAGCAUCAACGAUGACAACAAAGUUAACACUAUGGAAAGAACACUGUUCGGGAAAUGAGACCUUGAAAACUGGACCAAAGAAAACGUCUGCUAGAAAGUUCACAUUUCCUUUUAUAAAAUCAGAAGAAAGAAAUGGUACCACGCAAAAGCUCUGCCAAAAAGAUUUCAUUUUAAAGGUAGCACGGGAUUUUGUCCACAGAUUUACAAGUUAGAGUGUCUCUCCAUAACGUGUUCUAGGAUUGAAAGGUUUAAGGUAUUGUUUUUUUCAGGUACUGGUAAGACAUUGAUGGCUCGACAAAUUGGAAAGAUGUUAAACACAAGAGAACCCAAAAUAAUCAGUGGACCAGGUAAUGAAUUUAAUCAGAAUAUUCAAGUAGCCUGUGUAUACGUAGCAAGCGUUUCUGCACAAGUUCGUUGAGAAAGUUGGAACGAGAGCGAAACUUUUGGGCAAUACCGAUUUCGUCGGAAAUGCUUGCUACAGAAGCUAUCGAAAGAUAACAAUAUCAGUAUUAAUGUUAUGUAUUAAUCUUACAAUGUAAUCCAUUGAUGCCUUAUAAGUCCUAGAAUUUAUUUUGACCCAUUUGAUGUUCGCUCUGUUCAUUGUUCUUGAAAAUCCUAAUUUAGCUUCACGUUUUUUUUUCAGAGGUGCUGAAUAAAUAUGUUGGAGAGUCCGAAGCAAAUAUAAGGUCGGUCGAGCAACGAGUAUUCAAAAAUUGUUUUACUGAUUUAUAAAAAAAAAAGGCUUACGGCGUUUGUACGUAGAUGGGAUAUGCUCCGUCGCGAAGGAAGCUUCUUGCUUUAAAUAAUCUUCUUUUCAUGUACUCUUUGCCGCUGAUAAUAAAUAUCUUUAUAUUUUUAUUCACCAUGCCAGAAUUUUUGUUAGUUUUCAUCUACCAUUGCUCCUCAAUUGUGAUUAUCGUGAAUACUAGAACACCCUUUUUUAUCAUUCUUCAUUUUAGAAAAUUAUUUGCUGAAGCAGAAGAAGAGCAGAGAAAGGUUUGUUUGCUUCGGGAAAAUGUAUACUGUAAUUUUAAAACUCUUAAUCUCAGAGUUGGGGAACAAUUAUUUUUUUUGUUAGAUGGCAUGUGACCACAAAGUAACCAAUGGGAGAGCGUGCUGUCAGGGAAAAAAUAUUCCAGCCAGAUAACAAAGAAAUCGAUAUCUGUACUCUCAACAACGAUGACAGCAUUGGUAUCUGACAUUUUAUGAAGAAAGUGUUCUUUUUUUUGUAGCCUGUUCCAGGCGUCGUGUCCGCGAAAUUACGAACCUUAAGCAAGGACAACGACGACGGCAGUGGAAACAUGUAAAACAAUGAAUUUGCUUUCUUUCAAACUUAAUCGCGUCUAUUUGGACCCGCUCAAUAUGUCAAAUGAAGGCGACUAUUCCUGGAGUUGAAUUCUUAAGGAUUUUAUUCAGGUUAAAAAAGAGGAAGGAAAUUUCGUCGUCGUAUGUCCACGUCCUCCGUAAAACGUCAAAUUAGGAGGUUUCACGUCGUAGUCGUGCAGUGGACGUCAAAGAAAUGUACUAAAAAGCGUGACGCACGUGCAGAGCAGUUGUUUUGAUCAUUAAACCUAUUGUUGUUUUGAAGUCGUCGUUGUGGUCGUCGUCGUAGUUGAUUAAGCUCCUUAUAUUGAGAAAGCGCGGACACGAAAAUAAAACGGGAGGGAACUGGGGAGAGGAAAGUCGGCGGAUUUCCUUUUUCCCGCCACCGCCAUUCUGAACCACCGCCACCGUUUCCCAGAUCACGCGCUUAUAUUUUCGCGUGUCUUUCUUUCACUUACGCGUCAUCCCUACUAUCUGAGAGCCUGGAACAGGCUAUGAUUCUUGUUGUUCUCUCGGUCAUAGUGCUUUCAUCCUCUCCUUUGAUUUUUCAGUUCAGUGAUAGCAGCGGCCUCCAUCUCAUCAUCUUUGACGAGUUUGAUGCGGUGUGCAAGUCAAGAUAUAUGUAUAAUGUAAGUACACGACUUUGUGAGUGAUUUUUAUACCAUUUGCAGUUUUAGUGUUAAGAAGUUUCUGUCACUGUUGUUUAUGCGCCUUAUACGGUGGUAACUUACCUCUCUUUUAAUUUCCUUGUAGAGUGGCGGCACAGGCGUUCAAGACUCAGUUGUCAAUCAACUUCUGGCUAAGGUAAAAUCGUUGAAGAAUUUAUUUUCUUUGGUGUAGGCCUUAACUGUACCAUGGUCGGGUGGCAAUGAUGUUUGCAAAUUCUUCGACCUAUUCACCAUAUUGUUUAGUGCAACUAGUGUAACUACCGGAACAUUGUGGUGCAUAUUACCAUUGACUUUUGUCCACACGAAACCGGAAAGGUUUGAACCCGCGUAUCUUUUUUACCCGCGGCGUCGUGUGGACAGGGCCCUUAAACCACAUUGGAGAGAAGUCCAAAAAGAUGUGGUUUCGGUGAACAGAUUUACUGAUUUCGUGUGGACAGAAAGCUAAUUCCUGUAUGUCCGGAUUCGUACAGGUGGACGGGGCCUAAGUGUUCUGCAAAUCCCUACAGUGGAACUUCGAUACAACGAAUCUCUGUAUAACGAAGUCCUCGGUAGAACCAACGAUUUUCUUUACGCUAGUAAUAUAUAGUAAAAUAUAUGAAAAAAAAAACUCGAUAUAGCGAAUAAAUUUUGCCAGUGCCUUGGCCCUUCGGUAUAUCGAGGUUCUACUUUAGAUUCAAAACUGUUUCACCGAGUUAGUUUGAUUUGGUGUUGGUUGGACAUGCUUUAGCUUUAUUAUUUAACGUCUCUUUAGAUCGAUGGUGUGGAGCAACUCAACAACGUGCUUCUGAUUGGUAAGAAUUAGUUGACGAUUCGCAUAAUUGAAAUUACUGAUUCUUGGUUACUGAUUCCGGGACAACUUGCUACACACUGUAGGAUGGGAUAUGUACGGGCAAGGCCUUUUAAAAGUUUAGAACAAGAACAGGAAGUCUCAUUGUUACUUUCCGUUACCAAAUUAGUUCUAAGCAUUUGAAUUUCCUCAUAGUUACUGGCCAGAAAAUAGGAAGUGCGGAAAAUUGAAUGCAAGAUUUGUAUGUAUUGAAAAGCCUAGUUCCCCACACAGCCUCCAAUUGGGAGCGUAAGCAUCUAAGACGGCGACGACUACAAAAACGUCAUUUAAACAGUGAAUUCGCGCUGCCUCAAACUUUAUCGCGCUUGUUUCAUCUCGUUUAAUUCGUCAAAUCAACCGUUGAAAAAAACCUCCACUUAAGAUUUCCUGAGAUAGUUACACGUUCUUUUCUUUUUCUUUCACCAGCAGAAGACAAGGACAGGCGGUUUUUUGCACUUUAAUCCAUGAAAGUGCAGCGUCAGCACUAACGACGGCUCAGAAAUGUACAAAAAAGCGUGAUGCACGUGCAAAGUUGUUGUUUUGCCAAUCUGAACCUAUUGCUUUUUUGUCGUUCUAGUUGCCGUUGCCGUCGUCGUCGUUGCUUAAAGGGACAGAUUCACGGUUCAGCGCACGCUCAUUAAUUAAAUUACGUUUUUCCAAUUUAUUAUUAAUUCUAUCGGUUAAUAAUCCCACUCACAUGUAUGUCAGCGAUCUCAGAGUGUAUUUCAAAGUAGAAGUGUAUUUCAGAGUAAUGUGCAGUAGGAUGGAGGAGUGCUAAAAUCGCAGAAAAAUUAGUGGAUUAUGCCAACACUACCAACGUUGAGUUUUUUGUUGACCCGGGGGUUUUAUUCCAUGGUUGAUUAAUUUACAGCUAUUUGUACCCAAGUUGAUCAAGUGACUGCCUGGGGAGUGUGCACAUUGGUUCUUUGACAACAUUACGACAUGAUCAUAUUGCUUUCGUAGGCGAUACAGCAUGUCGCGGCCGGAAAAUAGCAUUUUGAUUCACGAGCAUGCGCUGAACCGUGCACCUGUCCCUUUAAGUUCUCUAUUGUGUCGUUACGCAACGCUGCUCUCCACUGAAAUGUUGCGUCCAGGAGACUCAAAAUAGAACCCUUGCAAAGGUGUUUGAGAAAGUCAAGAGGUGACAAGUAUAGAAUUUGCUGAAAGCUGGAUUUUGUUGGCCCAAUCCAUUUUAAGGCCCAGAAAUUCAAGUUGUGGCACGUGCUUUACAAGAUAGUUUUGCUUUUACUUCAAGGUAUGACAAACAGGAGGGAUCUUAUUGAUGAUGCACUGCUUCGACCUGGUCGACUGGAAGUGCAAGUUGAAAUAGGUGAGAUUCUACAUAAAUUUUAAUAGAGAGAAGAAGUGUUUACGUCACUUUGCCAUGGUAGCAAAAUGUCGGGAUCUCAGCCAACAGUGGUCCUUCAAAUAUGGCAGAAAAAAGAAUUGACAUGACUGUAUGACUUUCUUGUGCAUGACUGCACUUAAAAACAGGACGGUAGCCCAUACUUUUCUUCCAUCGUUCGACAAUGCAAAUGACCGUCUCUGUCAAGAAAGGUUGUCGAGAUCCAGAAUUCUUGCUACCCACGGUACUACCCACGGUAGCGUGACCUCUCACUACCCCUCUCUAUUGGCUCUCUUGUCAUGGUUAACUCAGUAAGAUCACGCGAAAAUUAAAUUCGCCUUGCAUGCAGCAUUGCAUACUACUGAUACUUUAAGUAAUGUAUGCUAACGAAUUAUGCCAGCUGCCGCAAAAAGAGUCCGUGAAGACGUAUUUCUUUAUUGCGUACACUGACAUUGGAUCAAUUUAAGGUUUCUGGGAAACUGUCUACCUACCCCUCCCCUAAGCCAACAUUUUGCCUUAAGUGAGAAGUGAGUGAUAAUGUUGGCUUAGGGGAGGGGUAGGUGGGCAGUUUCCCAGAAACCUAAAAAAUUCAUCCCUGAUUUUAAUGCAUAAUGAGUUCUUUAUAGGCCUAAAAGCGGAUUAUAGUUAGUGAAUAUGAAAAUGUUUGUGUUUGUUUGCGGGCGUUCUAUCAUUUAUUUAAAAGUUGCAUAGGUUUUCUCUCUGUUUUUAUGCAGUAGUAUGUAUUGCUGUUGGAAAAAUACGAGAUUGCACACAUUUUUGUUUGUCUGGCCAAUGUGUAAUAUUCCUUAUUGAAAUAGAGGAUCGACAGGGCAUAUUCUUUAUAGUGAGCGAGGUGUUGUUUCUCCGUGUUUUUAUAACGCUGUUUGUUGACCAGGCUUGCCAGAUGAGGCUGGACGAGUUCAAAUCCUGGAGAUACACACAGCUAAGAUGAGAGAAAAUAAUCUCCUUGCACCAGAUGUCGACCUGGCUGAUUUGGCCGUGCAGACUAAGAACUUUACCGGUGCAGAGAUUGAAGGACUUGUUCGCGCAGCGCAGUCCACAGCUAUGAAUCGCUUCAUCCAGGUACAGUAAAAGGAGAGUGCACUGAUUUGCUGACUACCACCGAACGAGUUUGAGUUAAGAAAAAAUAAAUCAAGGAAGCUACCCUAGAUACUUUUUGUUUGAAAGCGUGCCCCUAUUCUUCAUAUAGUUUACCGAGCGAGGAAUGUUAAGAGUCGUGCGGGGUAAACAUGCGGUCAAGUAGUUUCGGGGAAUAGUGUUGGACUUUAAGGAACAUUGCAAUGGUGACAAAUGUGAUUAAGACGGAAUCCACGAGGAAAUUGAGUAAUUUAAUUUUCAGUGGACAAAAACCUUGUACCAGAAUAAUUUAAAGAAUACUGAAUUUUUUUUUACAUUUUUCAAGGGCUUAAGAUGUAAUAAAUCAUCUGUAGUAACACCAACGAAAAUUUCUCUUGGAAGUCCGAGAAAACUGAAUGUCAAAUUUCACAAGAAUUGUGAUUACACAGGUAAAAUUCUGAAAAUUUCAUGUGCAAGAUGUAAUUCAGUGAAAUAUGACAUUCAUUUUCUCGGGAUCCUAUGAGAAAUAUUCCAACUUCUACCUUUUAACUCAUUAAGCCCCAGAUAUCCACGAACACUUUUGGUCCUAAAAGGAUAAAAAAAAAACCAAGUUCGAUGCCACAGCCAACACGGUAAAGUCAACUCUUUCUGAGACGGACGCCUUGGGGACCUGCAGUAUGUGUCCGUCUUAGAGAGGUGUCCGUCUUAUAGAGAGUCAAAUAGAGGGAGUAAAGAAAGGCAGGGACCAACUCUGAGUGUCCGUUUUGCAGAGGUGUCCGUUAUGAGAGAGUAGACUGAAUUUCAAUUUCUUCUGUUUUGGUUUUUUCAGCUUAAAAACAAUUUCGAAAUUGAUCCUGAAGCUGUGGAAAAAAUUUUGAUAAGACGUGAGGACUUCUAUCACGCCCUGGAGCACGACAUCAAACCGGUAAGUAAAGCAAGCUUUCUGUUUACUGCAAAAGGCAAAGGAAAAUCCUCAAUCCUAUGAUUGGCUUUUUAACAUAACAAGUCAUGCAAGGAUAAUUGAACAGUGCGCGUCAUUUCGCUCUGUAAAAGGGCAGUUGUACUUUGAUGAUGAUGAUGAUGAUGAUUUUUUCCUACUUGUGCGUAUUCCAUUCGUCAUUCGUCAAAUUUACUUUUAUGGCGUACUACAUAUUACAUUUUACAUACGUUCGUACCCCCUAGUUGCAAAAAAAAGGAAAAUGUUCCGUUCUAUUUUGUGCGCGUAAAAAAUCACUCAAUCCAAAUCUAUUCGUCACUCUUACAAUCCAAAUUCUUCUGUCCUUUAAGCCGUUUCCUUUUUCUUUUGCUUUAGGCGUUUGGACCUGCUGAUGACAAUCUGGACCUGUAUGUUGCAAAUGGUGAGUGGUGAAGGUGUGCCUUGUGGUGGGGGGUGGAGUGUGUGUGUGUGUGGGGGAGGGGGAGGGGGCAGGGCGGAGUGGUGUCUAUAACUAUAUCAUGUUAUGUAUGUAUGUUAUGUUCUCCAAGAGAUAUCCAUUAAGCUGGGCUACAUACGCAGUUAAUGAGGGAGGCUAAUGUCGCAGCCAUUCCGCCAGGCCGUUUUAUCACUUCGCUUGCUGAAAACAUGGAUAAAACUGCCCUGGGAGUGCCUUAGGUCCUGAGAAAAAAGCUGACAUUUGGCAACGUCACCUCUGGUUUCCCCGCGAAAUGAUGUCUGAGAAACGCGCGCAGAAAUUGCAUAGUGAUGACGCGCCACUACCCAGAUCUGGGUAGUACUUCUGAUUGUGAUCGUGCCGCUAGAGAAAUUUGCUUCUACAGCACUACCCAGAUCUGGGUAAUGACUCGUCAUCAGUAUGCAGGGGUUUCAAUAAGCACCGACGGCCGACAAAACACAUCGGCUACUUUGCUCAUAGAGGUCGGCCACUUUUUCUAGAAAGAAGAAGCAACUAGUUUGAAUAACGUUGGAAACCAAAAAUAUAUCAUAAAAACUGAAUGAAAACGUAAUUAUCAUGUGUUUUCAAAAAGUCCCAAUAGUUUUACGUUAUGCGUUAGCCAUGUGAACGCUAUAUUUCAGUCAUUUUUUUCACAAGUUUCUUUAUAGGUUUACGCAGAAUUUUUUUACGUGCAUAAGCGCUUAAUUUAUUUUUCAUCAUUUUUUCAUUGCUUGUAGGAAUUGAUUGUGUUUUGUGAUAAAUUGAAAGUUAUUUUUUUUUUGGCUCCUUCGUCCUCAAAUUUAGUCGCCAGAACGCUGAAAAUCGUAUUUUAGGACUUUGAAAUUUCAAAAUGUUCUGGGGUAGAACGCACGCAGACCCCCUCCCCCUAAAAAAAGGGAACUAACGGCCCCUUCUUGAUACAGUCGGUUAGUCUAUUCAAACCUGCUGGCUACUUCAACUUUUAUUGAAACCCCUGCAGUAUGGAAUUUCUGCAGUCGUUACGCCGACGUCAUUUGGCGGGGAAACCGUCACGAAAUGUCGGCUGCUUUUUCAUUCCAUUAAUCAGUGCGAUGAAGGUCGGGUUGCUAGAUUUCUGCUUAAUCAGUCCUUUUCUUCGAUUUUCAGGAAUUGUUCGCUGGGGAAACGAAAUACAAAGGAUUUUAGAUGAUGGCAGGUUAUUAUUACAGCAGACAAGAGCGCAAGACAUUACUUCACCAAUAACAGUUUUACUUGAAGGUUGGUAUCAGCUUUUUUAUUGACUGAGGUGAAAAUGGCGACAAGGGGAACCAAGACGAGGUUGUCCGACAGAUUUUCCUUUUACCAGCCCAUGCAUCGAAAGCUGAAUUCGGAUUUUAAUCGAUCAUCAUGAUUGCAGUAGACACGAUAGCAAUAACUGUCAAAAAUAAGGGCGACAAAGUUGGAUUUUGUUCUUACAGACAGAGCUUACGUGUAUUUUGGGGAUCAUUUGUCUUCAAGAAGGGAGGCGUAUCAUCUGUCAUUUAAUCAUUGAUUUCAAGGGUAAAGCGGAUUUGAACUCACUAUCGUAUCUGCAUCAGGAUUUAAGGGUAAUGGGUGGACAUUGAAGGGAACGGCAGCAACCGCCCGCUCGCCGAGUGGAUCCUAUCCUGUGUCGCGAAGUAAUUUAACCCCGGUUAGUAACGUCUGGGAAGCAGCGCCCAUAUGCUUGUUCUGGGGCCCUAACGGACUAAAUGAAUUAACGGAAAUGCGUCUAGAAUUUCCUUUAAUUCUGACUGGCCCCAAACGGACUAAAUGAAUUACCGGAAAUGCGUUUUGAAUUUUCUUUAAUUCUGAUUGGCCCCAAACGGACUAAAUGAAUUACCGGAAAUGCGUUAUGAAUUUCCUUUAAUUCUGAUAAGCAACAAAUCGUGAAUGGCUUUUUUAGCAGGCCAAUUAUGGCACGUACUCAAAUGUUGGUACGCCGGUGUGGGCCCAAAACACGGAUUUCGGCGCUGUUUCGCAGACGGGCUUCCCCAGAGUUAAUUUUCGUUUGUGGCGCAGGCUAAGUCGACCCCAGCGAUCGUCAAGAGAGCUUGCUCACAGCGUAACAGAAGGCAAGUUAUUGAAACUUCUCAUUGUGUUGUCUUUUGUUGGUUUUAGGCCCUGUGGGUUGCGGCAAAACAGCACUGGCUGUACAGAUGGCGCUCAUGUCAGACUUCCCGUUCAUCAAGAUGUGCACACCGGAAAACAUGAUUGGAUUUAUUGAGAGUGCGAAAUGUCAAACCAUUAAAAAGGUGAGUUUUUGUUUUUAUAACGCUGUUUGUUGACCAGGCUUGCCAGAUGAGGCUGGACGAGUUCAAAUCCUGGAGAUACACACAGCUAAGAUGAGAGAAAAUAAUCUCCUUGCACCAGAUGUCGACCUGGCUGAUUUGGCCGUGCAGACUAAGAACUUUACCGGUGCAGAGAUUGAAGGACUUGUUCGCGCAGCGCAGUCCACAGCUAUGAAUCGCUUCAUCCAGGUACAGUAAAAGGAGAGUGCACUGAUUUGCUGACUACCACCGAACGAGUUUGAGUUAAGAAAAAAUAAAUCAAGGAAGCUACCCUAGAUACUUUUUGUUUGAAAGCGUGCCCCUAUUCUUCAUAUAGUUUACCGAGCGAGGAAUGUUAAGAGUCGUGCGGGGUAAACAUGCGGUCAAGUAGUUUCGGGGAAUAGUGUUGGACUUUAAGGAACAUUGCAAUGGUGACAAAUGUGAUUAAGACGGAAUCCACGAGGAAAUUGAGUAAUUUAAUUUUCAGUGGACAAAAACCUUGUACCAGAAUAAUUUAAAGAAUACUGAAUUUUUUUUUACAUUUUUCAAGGGCUUAAGAUGUAAUAAAUCAUCUGUAGUAACACCAACGAAAAUUUCUCUUGGAAGUCCGAGAAAACUGAAUGUCAAAUUUCACAAGAAUUGUGAUUACACAGGUAAAAUUCUGAAAAUUUCAUGUGCAAGAUGUAAUUCAGUGAAAUAUGACAUUCAUUUUCUCGGGAUCCUAUGAGAAAUAUUCCAACUUCUACCUUUUAACUCAUUAAGCCCCAGAUAUCCACGAACACUUUUGGUCCUAAAAGGAUAAAAAAAAAACCAAGUUCGAUGCCACAGCCAACACGGUAAAGUCAACUCUUUCUGAGACGGACGCCUUGGGGACCUGCAGUAUGUGUCCGUCUUAGAGAGGUGUCCGUCUUAUAGAGAGUCAAAUAGAGGGAGUAAAGAAAGGCAGGGACCAACUCUGAGUGUCCGUUUUGCAGAGGUGUCCGUUAUGAGAGAGUAGACUGAAUUUCAAUUUCUUCUGUUUUGGUUUUUUCAGCUUAAAAACAAUUUCGAAAUUGAUCCUGAAGCUGUGGAAAAAAUUUUGAUAAGACGUGAGGACUUCUAUCACGCCCUGGAGCACGACAUCAAACCGGUAAGUAAAGCAAGCUUUCUGUUUACUGCAAAAGGCAAAGGAAAAUCCUCAAUCCUAUGAUUGGCUUUUUAACAUAACAAGUCAUGCAAGGAUAAUUGAACAGUGCGCGUCAUUUCGCUCUGUAAAAGGGCAGUUGUACUUUGAUGAUGAUGAUGAUGAUGAUUUUUUCCUACUUGUGCGUAUUCCAUUCGUCAUUCGUCAAAUUUACUUUUAUGGCGUACUACAUAUUACAUUUUACAUACGUUCGUACCCCCUAGUUGCAAAAAAAAGGAAAAUGUUCCGUUCUAUUUUGUGCGCGUAAAAAAUCACUCAAUCCAAAUCUAUUCGUCACUCUUACAAUCCAAAUUCUUCUGUCCUUUAAGCCGUUUCCUUUUUCUUUUGCUUUAGGCGUUUGGACCUGCUGAUGACAAUCUGGACCUGUAUGUUGCAAAUGGUGAGUGGUGAAGGUGUGCCUUGUGGUGGGGGGUGGAGUGUGUGUGUGUGUGGGGGAGGGGGAGGGGGCAGGGCGGAGUGGUGUCUAUAACUAUAUCAUGUUAUGUAUGUAUGUUAUGUUCUCCAAGAGAUAUCCAUUAAGCUGGGCUACAUACGCAGUUAAUGAGGGAGGCUAAUGUCGCAGCCAUUCCGCCAGGCCGUUUUAUCACUUCGCUUGCUGAAAACAUGGAUAAAACUGCCCUGGGAGUGCCUUAGGUCCUGAGAAAAAAGCUGACAUUUGGCAACGUCACCUCUGGUUUCCCCGCGAAAUGAUGUCUGAGAAACGCGCGCAGAAAUUGCAUAGUGAUGACGCGCCACUACCCAGAUCUGGGUAGUACUUCUGAUUGUGAUCGUGCCGCUAGAGAAAUUUGCUUCUACAGCACUACCCAGAUCUGGGUAAUGACUCGUCAUCAGUAUGCAGGGGUUUCAAUAAGCACCGACGGCCGACAAAACACAUCGGCUACUUUGCUCAUAGAGGUCGGCCACUUUUUCUAGAAAGAAGAAGCAACUAGUUUGAAUAACGUUGGAAACCAAAAAUAUAUCAUAAAAACUGAAUGAAAACGUAAUUAUCAUGUGUUUUCAAAAAGUCCCAAUAGUUUUACGUUAUGCGUUAGCCAUGUGAACGCUAUAUUUCAGUCAUUUUUUUCACAAGUUUCUUUAUAGGUUUACGCAGAAUUUUUUUACGUGCAUAAGCGCUUAAUUUAUUUUUCAUCAUUUUUUCAUUGCUUGUAGGAAUUGAUUGUGUUUUGUGAUAAAUUGAAAGUUAUUUUUUUUUUGGCUCCUUCGUCCUCAAAUUUAGUCGCCAGAACGCUGAAAAUCGUAUUUUAGGACUUUGAAAUUUCAAAAUGUUCUGGGGUAGAACGCACGCAGACCCCCUCCCCCUAAAAAAAGGGAACUAACGGCCCCUUCUUGAUACAGUCGGUUAGUCUAUUCAAACCUGCUGGCUACUUCAACUUUUAUUGAAACCCCUGCAGUAUGGAAUUUCUGCAGUCGUUACGCCGACGUCAUUUGGCGGGGAAACCGUCACGAAAUGUCGGCUGCUUUUUCAUUCCAUUAAUCAGUGCGAUGAAGGUCGGGUUGCUAGAUUUCUGCUUAAUCAGUCCUUUUCUUCGAUUUUCAGGAAUUGUUCGCUGGGGAAACGAAAUACAAAGGAUUUUAGAUGAUGGCAGGUUAUUAUUACAGCAGACAAGAGCGCAAGACAUUACUUCACCAAUAACAGUUUUACUUGAAGGUUGGUAUCAGCUUUUUUAUUGACUGAGGUGAAAAUGGCGACAAGGGGAACCAAGACGAGGUUGUCCGACAGAUUUUCCUUUUACCAGCCCAUGCAUCGAAAGCUGAAUUCGGAUUUUAAUCGAUCAUCAUGAUUGCAGUAGACACGAUAGCAAUAACUGUCAAAAAUAAGGGCGACAAAGUUGGAUUUUGUUCUUACAGACAGAGCUUACGUGUAUUUUGGGGAUCAUUUGUCUUCAAGAAGGGAGGCGUAUCAUCUGUCAUUUAAUCAUUGAUUUCAAGGGUAAAGCGGAUUUGAACUCACUAUCGUAUCUGCAUCAGGAUUUAAGGGUAAUGGGUGGACAUUGAAGGGAACGGCAGCAACCGCCCGCUCGCCGAGUGGAUCCUAUCCUGUGUCGCGAAGUAAUUUAACCCCGGUUAGUAACGUCUGGGAAGCAGCGCCCAUAUGCUUGUUCUGGGGCCCUAACGGACUAAAUGAAUUAACGGAAAUGCGUCUAGAAUUUCCUUUAAUUCUGACUGGCCCCAAACGGACUAAAUGAAUUACCGGAAAUGCGUUUUGAAUUUUCUUUAAUUCUGAUUGGCCCCAAACGGACUAAAUGAAUUACCGGAAAUGCGUUAUGAAUUUCCUUUAAUUCUGAUAAGCAACAAAUCGUGAAUGGCUUUUUUAGCAGGCCAAUUAUGGCACGUACUCAAAUGUUGGUACGCCGGUGUGGGCCCAAAACACGGAUUUCGGCGCUGUUUCGCAGACGGGCUUCCCCAGAGUUAAUUUUCGUUUGUGGCGCAGGCUAAGUCGACCCCAGCGAUCGUCAAGAGAGCUUGCUCACAGCGUAACAGAAGGCAAGUUAUUGAAACUUCUCAUUGUGUUGUCUUUUGUUGGUUUUAGGCCCUGUGGGUUGCGGCAAAACAGCACUGGCUGUACAGAUGGCGCUCAUGUCAGACUUCCCGUUCAUCAAGAUGUGCACACCGGAAAACAUGAUUGGAUUUAUUGAGAGUGCGAAAUGUCAAACCAUUAAAAAGGUGAGUUUAUUGCCUUCUAUUUAACCGUGGUAUUUUAGCUCAAUUGGUAGAGCCCGGAUCUGCACAGCAGGAUCGCGGGUUCGAUUCUCGGAACCGAACCAGUACUCUGGUAGCUGGUUAGCGCUAACCCGGGGUUCGUUUUCUUCUACUGAAAAGCUCUCACUCGGAUAAUUUUCUCUAUUCUUUUUAGAGUACCCAAUCAUCAAAUUGUAGGCAAAGAGAAUUUAACUGAAUUUGCUUUUUAAGCUCCCAUAUCUGAGGUCAAAUUUCGCACGAACCCUGGGUUACCUUAACCCAGCUUCGAACAACCCGGCCCAGGGGCUCGUUUCUCGAAAGUCCCGAUAAUUAACGGGCCCGGUAAGCUGUCACCGUUUGCAUUAAAGAUCGAGGUUCAAUAGUUUUGCAUCUAGCAUGAUAAAACCAUCACUUAGUGAAACAAAAUGGAGUAGUCUGCUAGCUGGGACCCGCGCUCUUAUUCUUUGUAUUUCGAUUUGAAUAUUUGACUUCGGGCCCGAAAAGUUACCGGGACUUUCGAGAAACGGGCCUCAGGUUCUUAACCCUUUAAGCCCUAAGAGUGAUCAGCAUACUUAUAUACAUACAUAAUCUUCAUUUAAACACGGUGAUUUUUAAAGCUAUAAAAGCUUGUGGGGUCGUGUAUUUAAGAAUUAAAUUAACUUAAACUAGAUCAAAACUUACAUACAAAUCUCUCCUCGUAAUAUCAAUGCUUUGUAAAACUGAGAGCGGUCACGAGAAUUACGGACUCAUGAUCAGUCAAGAUGAAUUUGCUUGAUAUUUAUCAACUUCUCCCGACUACUUCAGUCUGUAGGAAAUGAAUAGCGGCAACAAAUGAGAAUUCAGACUUCGAUCUUAGGGUUUAAAAGGGUUAGAGCGGUUUUCAUUUGAGUGUCGAAAAGUAAUUGGUUUUGCACUUUCUACACGAUGCGAUUGGCUUAAAAGAUUCGCGCCACCUUUUCAUCCAAUCAGAAGUAAAACCAAAGCCAAUUGUGACGCGCUCGCAUGCAUUUUCCCGCGCUUUGCGUCAGCCACAUGUAAUUACUUCGAGUUUUGAUUGGUUCAAUGUAUUGUCUGUGUCCUAUGUGAUUGGCCAGAGUAAUUACUUUGGUUUUGGUUUUACGACACUCAAACGAAAACCACUCUAAAAUAGAGACCCUUUCAUUCUCAAUACUAAGUAGUGCGCGCGUGAACCAGCGUCUUUGGCGGGAAAAUGCAAUAGCCGUCCUCAUUCUAGUACAUGUUUUAGCGAGAAUGAUCGAAACAAGUUAUUAAAUUAAGACGUUUUAUCAUUUUGCGAUCGGGAGAGGGGUUAACUUUAACUUUUCUGACGAAUUAAAAAACGAAAAUGAAGCUUUCCGGAGUGUCUAGCUUUUGAGAAUACGCGAACAAACGUUAGGUUAAAUCUUCUCCUGUAAUCUUUAAGUCUCCAAUAACAAGGAAAGAAGGUAGUGCCUUUUCCCUGUAAUUGGCUUGACUUUCACGUGGCUCUUAUGUCCACGUUAAAAUGUUGCCUUGGUCUCCUCUCCGGUAGGAGACGUAAGAAACCGGUGUCAUCACUAACGUGAGAUGCUGGAAUUUAAAGUAAAUAAAUAAGAGUUAAAUUGUUGCUCUGCUUUGCUUUUGAACAGAUAUUUGACGAUGCAGACAAGUCUGAACUCAGCUGUAUCAUUGUUGACGAUAUCGAGCGUCUUCUAGGUAUGGCCACAGCAGUAUUCUGUGAGAAUUUAAGUAAAGAUGUUUCUUUGACUGGAAAUGUUGUCUUUUUGCGCUGUUAUUAAAGGCGCUGUUUUAAGACGGUCUCCUUCUGUUGUCAAUCCAAGUUGUAGGAACAUGUUUUCUCUUUACUCUUUAAAACGCAGGAGUCCGACAUUUUGUCAGAGCAAUUUGCAAACAAUGCAGAAAAAGGCGCGAAAUAAAUAAACAUCAGUAAAUAAAAUAAAUAGAGUAAAAGAGAGAAAUGAAAAUUGGCCGUUGAAUGGUUAAUAGUGCCAGUUUACGUUCAUGGAAGAAAGAUGUUGUAUUUUGUUUUAGUUAGCCCAGGUCAUAGAUACUUUGUAUUAUCAUGAAGCAAAAUUCAAACUGUGGCUGUUCGCUUUUUGUCUUAGAAAUUUGUCCACGUAAAAUGAGCUGGGUCACCAACCAGCUUCCCCCUUUUCCCUCAAAAACGGCAAAAGAAAAGAGACAAACAAUCAAAAUGAAAUAAUUAAUAUAUAGAUUUAGCCAGGGUUAAAAGCGAAGCUCUGGUUAAUAAUACGUGUAAACAAAAAAAAGUGAAAUCGUGUAAUGCUAAACGGGGACGACGAUGAAAAUGGCUUCAAGACUAAUAGAUCUAAUUAGCAAAAAACAAAUUGCACGUGCAGCACACUUUUCCUCUAAUUAGCAAAAAACAAAUUUGCACGUGCAGCACGCUUUUUUGUCUUUCCUUUGCCUUUGUUUUGCACGACUACAACGCUGUUUUGUACGACUAAAACGUCAAACUUCCUAGUUACACAUAAUUUUUAUGGAGGGAUUGUCAUAUGUGCUGUUUUUCUUCCUACGAAAUUCGUCUCCUUUGUUUUCAAUAACUCGCUCUAGCUCUUUCUCUGUUAUCCACUUUAGUGUGAACAAAAAUAAAAGAGAUAAAUUAUUAAUGACAAAAAAAUAAAGAGAGCAAAACACGACAUACCCACAGGGUGGAAACAGCCUCUCACGCACACGUAUUUAACUCUCUAUUUCUUUACUUUUUUUCUCAGAUUAUGUGGCCAUUGGACCAAGAUUUUCUAACGCAGUUCUACAGGCGUUGCUUGUGUUGCUAAAGAAGAAGCUUAGAAAGGUUUGUCAACUUUAAGUCAACCUUACCCUGGAGAAGGAUUAUUCAAGAGAUUCCGAUUCAAACUGAUUAAUUGGAUUAUCUAAGUUGCUAUUAUGUGUAACUGGAAACCAUUGGGAUCAUUUGAGAUUUCUGGUUAACUGACCACCUACCCCUCCCCUAAGUCAACAUUAGCACUUACUUCUCGCUUAGGGCAAUAUUGUGACUUAUGGGAGGGGUAGGUGGUCCGUUAACCAGAAACCUGAAAUGAUCUCGCUAUUUUCCGGUUCUCGAAUGGGUUACGCUGUUGCAUUUUCCACCCAAACGCUUUCUUCCCUAGCGGGUUUUCUGGAUUGACUAGCACUUAAUGGAUCCCUGAAAGUAGCUCAAUUUAGUGUCUAGUCGAAAGCUAAACUUUCAUUACUCAUAAUCAAGACACAGAUAGGCCUUUUUCGAGUUGCUGUAAGCCUCUGUUUCAUAGCGAGGCCGAGUGCAAAAACAUUAAUAUCUAAAUAAUUUUCUAUUCUCAUGCAGAUAAAACUUAGUCUGUUUACAAAAGGAAGAGUUUGUACUUAGCCGCGUUUUGAAAAGGAGGGUCGUUGGAAUUCGGAAAUGGCGUAUUACUGGUCAUGUUUUACCUAUCUCAGACAAAAAUAGUUGGGACACUUCCACUCAACGCUGUUUUUUCACUUCUGUCCCGUCGACUGGUCCUCCCAAUGUUGUUUAUCGCAUUUAAUUGACCAAUUCUUGCACACCAACAUUGGGAGGGCAAGAAGACAACCGUAUCCUAACAACUUUGACUGAGACUGUAGUUUUCAAUCACGUGGUUACUCCUUGGACCACUCUGCUCAUGACCCGGGAUAGGUGCACUCCCCAAUAUAAGCUCUAUGGAUACGGGUAUGGUUUUCAAUUGCUAGUGGACUUAAAUAGACCUUUCCCACGUUCCUAUAAAGAAAGGUACCGUAAAAUUCCGAAAAUAAGCCCCGGGGCUUAUAUUUUUCAAAGGCCCUUUUUGAGGGGCUUAUUUUUGGAAGGGCCUAUAUAUUCGGAGUGGCUUAUCUACAGAGGGAAUUUUGCGUUUCAAAACCGAUUGGGCUAGCCUUAUAGUUGGAAGUAAAUUUACCGUUUUUGCUCUGUUUCACUAUGUAUUUGAGGGCAACUUUCCAAGUACAAGUCCCCGAGGGGCUUAUAUUUGGAGGGGUGAUUUAACGGAUGGUUUUUUGCUUUACAUGUUUUGGGAGGCUUAUACUUGAAGGGGCUUAUACAUGGAGGGGCUUAUUUUCGGAAUUUUACGGUAGCUCAGUGAUUUUGUUGAUUCUGUGUCCUGCGUCCCUGAUGCAUACGAAUUCCCAAAGGCGCAAAAUAAUUUAAUGGAUGCGUCCCGUAGGACGCAAAGAUCGAUCGAUCUGAAGAUGUUUUUUUUUUGUCGAAAAUCUUGUUUGUGUGAUUUCUGUGGCUGUUAACGUGGCUGUCGUUUAAUGGUGCAUAUUUAUUUUAGUCCCUCAUUUUUGUCGUUUAAAUAGAAGGACUACAUUUUAAUUUCAUUGAACUGUGAUAAAGAGUUUUGGAGUCUGUCUUCAGAUUCAGUAACUGCCUGGUUACAUUAUACCCAAGCAUUUUCAGUUUAGAACUCGUUAUUUUUUGAACUGGGACUCAUGAUUUUUCACAAGAUGAAUCUCAUUACUCACCUAAACUAUUUCUAACAAAAUCACUGUACUUACUCGAACCUCGAGAUGUAAAAAGACAGUGAUAUGAAAUUUUCAACUCAAGGCUUGGCUCCAUUCCUUUUUGUUUGCUCAUUGAUGUGCAAUGCGGGAAGGUUUAUUUGGUCUCUGUAAUAGGGUAAGUUUGUGUACUCUCUGGAACCAGAUUCUGCAAUUGUUGUUGUUUUUUUAAUUUUUUUUUUCGCGGGUAAAGUGACUCUAAGGUCUGAAAUAGGGCAGGGAAAUUCAUAUGUUUUGGUUUGAAAUAGGAUCAAGUAUUCGAACUUUAACGCUUUCUUUUAACCUUAUAGGGUCGCAAGUUGAUCGUUAUUGGUACAACUAGCUGCCGUGACGUACUUGAACCCAUGGGAAUAGUGCAGGCAUUUAACACAGUUAUUCAUGUUCCGCGUUUGUCCGUCGUAGAACAUCUUAGACAAGUGCUACAGGUCAGUUAUUUUAAAAUCAAGAUUAAAGACUCAUUAGGGACUUUAAGAUCCAACGACGCGACGGCGACGAGAACGUCGCUUAAAAGGUGAAUUUGCGUUCUUUCAGUCUUUAUAGCGAUUAUUCCUACCCACUUACUUUGUCAAAAGUAGGCGAACCGUCCUGAAGCUGAAUUUUAAGGGACCAUAUCGAAGCUCAGAAAGAGAAAUAAAAUUUCGUCGUUACCUGUUUACGUCCUCCAUAAAACGCAAAAUUAGGCAUUUUCACGUUGUGGUCAUGCAAAAACAGGAAAGAAAUGUACAAAAAAGCGUGAUGCACGUGCGAAGUUGUUGUUUGGGCUUAUUAAACCAAUUGUUUUUUUUGACGUUCUUGUUGCCGUCUACGUCGUUGGAUCUUAAAGUCCCUAUUAUAUAAAGCAAACGGCAAACGUGCGCUUUGUAGCAGGUGGUGAAAUGAGUACGACUGCAAAUUUCGUCAAGGCUAGCGCUUGUUAAGAAAAAAUAGGAUGUGUUUUCUGGGAUAACUAACUGAAACAACUGCUUGAAGCUCAGAAACUCUUCUAAGUUUGCAAAGUUUUUAGACUAUUUUAGUCUUCGUUUCUUUUCUCGUUUUUGAUACUUUUCGCUUUUCUUUUUUAAUCCGUCUGCUCCAAGAGACAACUAUGGAAACGUAACACCUUAUUCUUCUAACUGUUUAGACUGUUGACAAAAUCCUGUUUUGGGACUAUUCAAAUGAAACCUCUGUCACAGCGUUUGGCAUGUUUUUAUCUGCUGUUCACAAUCAACAAAUGCUUGUUUUCUUUUGUUUUCGUUUUGCUUUGCCUUUGUUUUCUGAUUUGGAUUUGCACGUUUUUGGAGGCGUGGAGCUGUUAGAAGCUCAUACUGGUGUUCUUUGAACUGCUUUGACUGCGGCGUAUUUCGCUGAGACAAACGCAAACAACUAAGUCAACUCUAUGUACUUUGUAGGAGGUGAAGUUGUUUGAUGAACGCGAAAUCAAACUAAUUGAGGACAUCAUUGGCCAACGAAGGUAUGUCACAUGGAACGUAGAAUUUUGCGCACAUUUUUCUUCUUCAUUUGACGCGAUUUCGGACUCCCUUCUCGCUCCUCUCCCAAGUGAAAUUAGGCCGGUAGGCAUUUGUUACCUUUCUUUAGUUAAAGCUUUUUGUUUAUUAUUUUAAUACUCUUUCCUUUGUAGGUUGUUUGUCGGGAUUAAAAAGCUCCUUAUGAUGGCAGAGAUGGCGGUCCAAGUAAGUGAAUCUUAAUGAAGGCCCUUUCGUAAGAGCUUUUAAGUUCAAAAUUUUAGUUUUCCAUGCAGUGUGAUCCUUCAAUAAAAGCUGGGAUGCUUCCCUCCCCCACCCCUUACCGCUGCAAGCCCCAAUACCCGCCCCCUCUGUAGAUUUGAAACCAAGAUGGCCGCCCUUAAGGUGGCUCGACCCAGUUUUUUUGGGGGGGUACCAUCCUACUUUGAAGCUCUCUGGUAUCCCCACCUUUACUUUUCUCGUAACUCUAACACAUAGAAUGAAUAACACAUAGAUCAAUCUACAAUAUAACAUAAAAUUUUUGGCGAUCGGACUUAAAUUUGGAAACCGCUGAAUUUCUCGAAUUGGGUCUUUGCGAUUUUGGUGAAACUCUGUUCAGCGCAAGGCACUAAUGCGCACUAUGUGUAGCCGAGAGAUUUUCACGAAAAAAUGCCGGCAACAGCAGAUUUUCGACUCAGACCUCAAAGGGGCGUGGCAUUACAACCACGUGACAUUUACUCCGAUCGCCCAAAAUUUUAUGUUAUAUUGUAGAUUGAUCUAUAUGUUAUCCAUUCUAUGUGUUAGACUUACGAUAAAAGUAAAGGUGGGGAUACCAGAGAGCUUCAAAGUAGGAUGGUACCCCCCCCCCAAUAAAACCGGUUCGAGUCACCUUAAAGCAAAGAUGCCAUUCCGACUUAAGAUGCCAUUAAUUACAACAACCGGGCUCUGAUGCAGACCUCGCUGUGAAAUGUGUACAGCAUUGUCUGGGCUAAAUUUAAUCGUGCGAUGUUGAGUCAAUGGGGGGAAAGACCUUUAGGUUCCGUGGAUGGUCAGAAUAGCCAUUAAAGGGAAACCUGCAGAGCACCGCCUUCCCGUGGCGCUACUUGUUAUGCCUUAGAUCUGAUGAAAACCUAAAAUGUGAUCAUUUAGAUGAAAGUAUUUUUGAAAGUAUGUCGUGAUAUUUUCCCCCAUUUUAUUUUACAAAGUAAUUCCACUUUUCCAUGAUUGGUUGUAUAAAAACAAGUGCUUGGGGUCAAUUUCUUUCAGACCAAUAAACGUGAUCGAGUCGAUAAGUUCGUAAGUCUCUUGGAGGAUGAACAGUGGUAUGUAUGUGAAGUGGAAUGAUGUGUUACUUGGCAUACAACUCUGUGGUUUUACGUUAUAAAAGUCGAUCGUGAAUGCUGUGCUUAACUAUGAUGUUUGUUGACUGUUGCAGUUUAAUAGGCGAGGUCGGUUUAUAUUGAACCCGUCUGGAAAGUCACAGGUCUGUAAAAUCAUACUUUUCAGCAGUUGA